CCACGCGCCAUGAUGAAGACGCUGUCCAGCGGGAACUGUGCGCUGAGUGUGCCAGCCAAGAACUCCUACCGCAUGGUGGUGCUGGGUGCCUCGCGUGUGGGCAAGAGCGCCAUUGUUUCGCGCUUCCUCAACGGCCGCUUUGAGGACCAGUACACACCCACCAUUGAGGACUUCCACCGCAAGGUGUACAACAUCCGUGGAGACAUGUACCAGCUGGACAUCCUGGACACCUCGGGCAACCACCCCUUCCCCGCCAUGCGCCGGCUGUCCAUCCUCACAGGCGAUGUCUUCAUCCUGGUGUUCAGCCUGGAUAGCCGCGAGUCCUUCGAUGAGGUCAAGCGGCUGCAGAAGCAGAUCCUGGAGGUCAAGUCUUGCCUGAAGAACAGGACCAAGGAGGCAGCAGAGCUGCCCAUGGUGAUCUGUGGCAAUAAGAGCGACCAUGGGGAGCUGUGCCGCCAGGUGCCCAGCACUGAGGCCGAGCUGCUGGUGUCGGGCGACGAGCACUGCGCCUACUUUGAGGUGUCAGCCAAGAAGAACACCAACGUAGAUGAGAUGUUCUAUGUGCUCUUCAGCAUGGCCAAGCUGCCCCACGAGAUGAGCCCUGCGCUGCACCGCAAGAUCUCCGUGCAGUACGGUGAUGCCUUCCACGCGCGGCCCUUGUGCAUGCGGCGCGGCAAGGAUGUGGGUGCCUACGGCAUGGUUUCGCCUUUCGCCCGGCGGCCCAGCGUCAACAGUGACCUCAAGUACAUCAAGGCCAAGGUCCUGCGGGAGGGCCAGACCCGUGAGAGGGACAAGUGCACCGUCCAGUGAGCUGGGCAUGCAGGGGAUGAGGGGGCUUGGGCAGUGCCUUAGAGGGGGCCCAGGGUGCCUGCCUGCUGCCCACUUUCCCUGCUGGGAACCUGAUCUGGACCCCUGGCACAGAUGGGGGCCCCCCUGAGGCACUGAGAUCUGUGAGUUCUUCUGCCUUCCUGCCCGUCCCCCAAGUCUUCUCAUCCCUGCUGUCUUCUGGCCUCAGUUUCCCCAGAGAGGACGCAUGUCCAAGCACAGGGGACAGUGGGGAGAUUCAGGACCAUCCUCGGCCAACAGCGGAGCCUUUGGAGCAAGUUGCUGGACAGAGGUCACCAGUGCUCUCCCUGCUGGGGCUGGUGUGGUGGGUGCCUCUGGGGGUGCUGUCCCGCUCUGCAGCGCCCGCCACCCAGUGCCCGAGGGAGCCUGUGGUCUGCCUGUUCCUCAGCCUUGCCUGUCGCGUGGCUCCCCAGCCUCUCGCAGGUUCCUCUGCUCGAUGGUGCACCAAGUGUGUGCUGCUGCACCCCUUCUCGAGGGCAGUGGACAUGGCGGGCCUGGCCAGCUCCCUGUGGUGCAGACCUAACGUCUCAGUCAGCGACUGCUGCCUCCUUUCCAGACAGCACCCCCAGCUGCCUUCCACAGACCAGGGCCCCACGCGAGCCCAUGCUGUCUCUGCAGCUGGCGCAGAGCAGAGCUCUGCGAGAGCCAGGCUGGCCUUUCAGUGUCCAUCCUCAUGCACAUACUGAGCACCAACAGGCUGCUGUGCCCACCAUGUGCUCGGAAACGGGGUGAGGGGCACGCUCAUCCACACAGUGGCCCCUGCACACAGGUGUGGGAAGGAGGCAUGGCAGUGUGGGCUGUGCCCAGAAAGGGUGUGGGCACCACAUGCCUGGCCUGGUGGCCUUGUGCCUGCAGCGCAUGUCAGCCCAAAGCGCCACAGCUCGUGUCAGAGAGCCCUCAAGAUGCUGCGCUUAGGGUUCGAGAAGCCACAUGUCAUCUCCAGAGUACUUCUGAGGCCCACAGAGCUGAGCCGCUGGCCCAGCUCCCACUGUGGCCGGUGAAGGGCGGGGCAGGGCAGCCCUGGGCUGGGGGCAUAUCCCGAGGGAGGCGCCCCAUCCUGGCGUCCUGUACCCCGGCCCCUGCUCACGCAGCGACGAGGCCCCAUGACCCAGGAUACGCACAUGGAUGUAAGUGAGCCUGGUCCUGCCGGAUCUCCACACCCAGCCCUGCCCACUGCCUAGCACCCAGCUCCUGUGACCCCACUUACGCCCCCUGCUGCACUCCCUGUGUGACCCUCAGAGCAGACCCAGGGCCUCGUCCAGGCGGGCAGUGUCCGCUCCUCCUUCCUCUCUGCCCGGUGCCCUGACCUCUCUGUACCUGUGCAUUAAAGUGGGUUUGUACGUA